AUGGAGAAUCAAUCAAGGCAGCAAUUCGCUCUGGCGCUUAUCGGGGUCUCCUGGACGAUGACGGACGUCCAGCAACCAGGAGAGGGUUUCUGGCGCCUCCGCCUCUUCGAGCUUUACUUAGCCUUUGUGUACCUGACCUUCACGGUGGUGGUCGUCCUGUCCGCUCUCUCCCUCCGCCCCCCUGGAGAAGGAGCUGCUCCCGCGACGGCGUGGAUACAGAAGUAUGCGCCGUCCGUCGCCCUUUUUUCGGUCACGGCUGCCUUCGUGCUCAGGUCAUGCCUUAUCCUUUCUCCUUCCUCCCUACUCCACGUCUGGUUUUUCCUGGUCCCCAUGGCGCUCGCCGUCGCGCUACUCCUCCACCUCGCCUGGAACAGGUGGAAGGACCACACCGCCGUCCAAAACACAGGAGACGAAGUCCCGCCGGUCAUCGGUCGCCACCAAGAUCCCAACCCCUCGUCUUUCACGCUGCUGGACUUGGGCUCCUCACCAUGCUCCUUCUCGGGUCCGCAGGAGGGGAAAAGCAAAUCCCGUCUCGGCAUAUAUCCUUGAAAUAUCGUCCCCAACCUGUUAUCUUCAGGCAUAGAGUCGUCUGAGUGUGAUUUGUGUCUGCCACGACAGUCUCCUGAGCCUCUGCUGUGUGCUCUGCUCCCUCAUGCAAACUGCCCUUCUUUGCAUAGAGUUGCCAGGAUUUUGUUGAAAUAAGAGGGCAGAAGUUGUCUGGUUCGAGCUCUACGGGAAGUCAACAUGUUAAGUCCUUCCCCAGAAACCUUAGCACCGCACGGAAUCUAUGGCGACCUCCUAAGGUGACUAGGGAGCCAUGAAAGGCUGCAGUGGUGAUUCGGCCCAUGUCCACUGGGUUCAUCUCCCCUACACGCGCACGCGGCUUCUUUGAACGAGCCGGUCCAUACCGGUUCUUGCAGCCUCGUAACCAACGUAACGGCGACCAACGAAUUGCCAUCGAUGAAGACCUUGAACGCAUGCUUUUUACAAAUAUUCUGAUUUUUUUGUAAUCAAUCAGGUACUUCGGCGUAUUGCGAAUGGGUAGAUGGGUUGGCAACGUCGCCCGACUAAAAUUUUCAAAGGCCCAAAACCUUUAAAGAUGAGCUUAUUUCCUUUAUUGAAUGUGUUAUCGAGCCCAGCUAUGCCGGGCUGGGAAGAUUUCCGGCCCAUCAGCUCCCUUAAUGCGAGGAAUAGUGACGUUAAUGCGGUUCUAAAUAGUUUCUCUCUCUACAUGUAUUUAAAGUUUAUCUCCCACGUGCGUUGGCCUUCCAGCCGUCACUUAAUACUCUCCAACCCUCUUUUAGGAACGAUCAGAAGACAGGAGGGGGGAUACCAGCAGGGGCCGUUAAAAUCUUGGGCUAGAAAUGAGCUGGGCUCUUCAACUCCCAUGCUCUCCUCUCUCUCAACGCCGGUGACUCAACCGAAAGUGCCAACUUGGAUACUUGGCUUAAGCUUAUUACUGACCUAAUUACACGCCAUUUAAUUCGAAGCUAGUCGACAGCGAGGGAUCACGCCCAUCUCUACGAUCAAAUGUUUCUAGCAGUUAAUGUGAUAUUAUUCUCAACAAUUAGGAGAGGUGAUGAGUGCGAAGCUGAACGAAGGGGUUGGAUGGGGCCGAUUGGUGGGGAUGGGGAGAGAGAGAGAGAGAGAGAGAGAGAGAGAGAGCGCCGGCCAAUGUAACGUGGACAGGAAGGUGAGUACGACGCAGGAUAGAAUACGAGUCAGUCGGACAGAGAGGAGAAAAAUUUAUUGGGCCUAG